CUUCCCUUUGUCGGCUGCGCAUCGGCGGCAUCCUCGGUGCAAUCAUGACGGUGGGAAAAAGCAGCAAGAUGCUGCAGCACAUUGACUUCAGAAUGCGCUGUACCCUUCAAGAUGGAAGGAUCUUUAUUGGAACAUUCAAGGCAUUUGACAAACACAUGAAUCUCAUCUUAUGUGACUGUGAUGAAUUUAGAAAGAUUAAGCCAAAGAACUCCAAACAGCCAGAACGUGAAGAAAAGAGGGUACUUGGUCUAGUGUUGCUUCGAGGGGAGAACUUGGUGUCCAUGACUGUUGAAGGCCCACCUCCCAAAGAUACUGGCAUUGCCAGGGUUCCAUUGGCAGGAGCUGCUGGAGGACCUGGAGUAGGCAGGGCAGCUGGCAGAGGUGUACCUGCUGGAGCACCUAUGCCUCAGGCUCCUGCUGGACUGGCAGGACCAGUACGUGGUGUGGGAGGACCAUCACAGCAGGUUAUGACGCCUCAGGGUCGUGGUAAUGUGGUAGCAGCUGCCACAGCUAGCAUUGCUGGAGCCCCAACACAGUAUGCAGCAGGUCGUGGAGGACUACUUCCACCAAUGGGCAGAGGAGCACCCCCUCCAGGCAUGAUGGGGCCACCCCCUGGCAUGAGGCCGCCAAUGGGUCCACCAAUGGGAAUGCCUCCAGGCAGAGGAGGACCUAUGGGAAUGCCACCUCCAGGCAUGAGACCACCUCCACCUGGACCUCCCCCACCUGGCAUGCGACCCGCUCGGCCAUAAACUCAAUACAUUUGUGUUCCAACUCCUGACCUUUCUGUUGACUCACUUUGACUGUUCUGGUUCUUGUUUGUUUUAUAUUGUAAAUGAAGCAGUUUUUAAAUAAACACCAUUUUGAUGUAGGUGCAGACUCUGUUAAGGGGUUAAUCUAACCCCACCAACAACAAACCUUUUGAUUUUUAAAUACAAAUUUAAGCUGUAGGAGGUGACCUCUUAGAAAUACCAAAGGUUUGGUCUGUCCAGGAUCCUGCUCGAAAAAUCGGCAGUAAAUAAGUGGCAUAUAGGUAACCAUUUCUAACCAUCUCUAAUAAGAUUAGACUGGCGCUGUAUCAACCUGAUAAAAGGGUAUAUGAAUGCACCCUUUUUUUUUUAUAGCACCCCGUUAAUUAUGGCAACUAAUCUAGAAAGCUGCACUUCACACUGUCUAUGCUCUAGGCUGAUUGGACACGGCACUGUUACUGCUGUGCCCUUAGAGAGAAUUAGUGGUCCAAAAAUUUCAGAGAUGUAUUUGCUUGUUAAACUGUUUACUAUAGCAGUUUAUGGUAAAGGUUUGGGCAUUAUGAAAAAAUAGUUUGAAAUAACACCAUUGUCCGUUACAUGUAACGAAAGAAAAAUCUUUUGGAAGUCAGCAUAGAUCCCACAAUGGCAACAUUUCGCAGGUUGAGGUUAAUUCUAACCGACGCGUCACUACUAGGAAUGCAUGGAAUCCAAAACCUUAAAGGAAAACUAUACCCCCAAACAACAUCGGUCUCUAAAGAGAGUGCAUAAAACAACUCGUGUGUAAAACCCUGAUUCAUGUAAAUAAACCAUUUUCAUAAUAAACUUUUCUAAUAUGUG